AAGAAAAUUCUAAAAAAGAAAUUAUCGUAAAUUAUCCUUAUUAUUAUACUAUAUUUUAAUCCUAGAAAACGUGGAUUUCUAAUUCAAGUGCAGCAACCCAAAGAUAUGGAAUUGUUGCAGGGUUCAGCCAUGAUGACCGCUGGUAUGGCUGAGCCGACACUGCCGGGGCCGGACUACGCGGCACUAGCGGCCGGCAUGCAGCAGGGAAUGGGAGCAGGCAUGCAGCCAGGCAUGGGAGCGGGGAUGCAGGCGGGCAUGCCGCUGAGCAUUGGAGUGGGCAUGCCAGGGGUAGGCGCACAGGCGGGAGGCUCGCAGGCGGGCGGCUACCCCGACGCCCCAGUGUACGACCUGCGGCAGGUCGGCGAUGUCUACACAGGCCCGGGCGCGAAGUGGUCGACUCUGCCGGCGAUCCUGGGCGGGUCGCUGCCGCGGCUGAGCUCCGAGCAGGCGGACGCCGUCGCCCGCGCCAAGAAGUUCGCCAUGGAGCAGAGCAUCAAGAUGGUGCUGAUGAAGCAGACGCUCGCGCACCAGCAGCAGCAGAUGGCCUCGCAGCGCACGCAGGUGCAGCGGCAGCAGGCCCUCGCGCUCAUGUGCAGGGUGUACGUGGGUUCGAUUUCGUUCGAGCUGAAGGAGGACACGAUCCGGCAGGCGUUCCUGCCGUUCGGGCCGAUCAAGUCCAUCAACAUGUCGUGGGACCCCGUCACGCAGAAGCACAAGGGGUUCGCGUUCGUCGAAUACGAGAUACCUGAGGCUGCGCAGCUCAGCUUGGAACAGAUGAACGGUGUGAUGCUGGGCGGGCGGAACAUCAAGGUGGUUGGGCGGCCGUCCAACAUGCCGCAGGCGCAGGCCGUCAUCGACGAGAUACAGGAGGAGGCCAAGCGCUACAACCGCAUCUACGUGGCGUCGGUGCACCCCGAGCUGACGGAGGACGACAUCAAGAACGUGUUCGAGGCGUUCGGCCCCAUCACCUACUGCAAGCUCGCGCACGGCUCCGCGCACAGACACAAGGGCUACGGCUUCAUCGAGUACUCGACGCUCCCGGCGGCGCUGGAGGCCAUAGCGAGCAUGAACCUGUUCGACCUGGGCGGGCAGUACCUGCGCGUGGGGCGCGCCAUCACGCCGCCCGACGCGCUGCUCGGCCCUCCCGCCGCCGGCGCCAUGCCCACCGCCGCCGCCGUCGCCGCCGCCGCCGCCACCGCCAAGAUACAGGCGAUGGACGCGGUGGCGUCUAACGCGGUGGCGCUCGGUCUGACGAAGCUGUCGGCCCUGGGCGUACCCCCCGCCGCCGCCCUGCCCACGCUGGCCGCCGCCCUGCCCCUCGCCGCCCUGCCGCUCGCCCCCGCUGCGCUGCCUCUCGCCCCCGCCCCCGUCAUCCCGCCCCCCGGCGUCGUCAUACCCUCCGCGCCCCGGCAACCGCCCGCCAAGCCUGCGGCAGACGCGGCGGCUGCUGCUGCUGCUGCUGCGGCAGCGGCGGCGGCGGGCGCAGCGCAGACGCAGCAGGCGGCACUACAGCGCAAGCUGCUGGACAGCUCGCCCGACACGCUGCAGCAGCAGGAGUCCCUCUCCAUCUCCGGACAGUCCGCCAGACAUCUCGUCAUGCAGCGACUCAUGAGGCGACGCGCCUCGCGGACGGUGCUGCUGCGCGACAUGGUGGCGGCGAGCGACGUGGACGAGGCGCUGCACCACGAGAUACAGGAGGAGUGUAGCAAGUGGGGCCGCGUCACCCGCCUCGUCAUAUACAACGAGCGCCAGAGCGAGGACGACGACCCCGCGCACGCCAACGUCAAGAUAUUCGUGCAGUUCGAGGAGCCGGACGAGGCGUCGGCGGCGGCGUCGGCGCUGGACGGGCGGUACUUCGGCGGGCGGACCGUGCGCGCUGCGCUCUACGACCAGGACCUCUUCGACCACGGCGACCUGUCCGGCUAGCCCUCCGGCGAUGUGGGGGGGCACAGGGGGAGG